CUUCCUUGAUAUCCACCAACAAUGUCAGACACUUCCGAACCCCGCAGGUCGCAGUCCCCCGAGACCUUCGACCAGACCUACGACGUGCAGCCUCCUGCCGACGACAACGACGACCCGCAAUCCUACGACAACUACAACGCCGACGCCGCCUCUCAAUCCUACGAACAAUACAACACCGAAACCGCCAAUGCAUCCGAGAACCCUCCCUCCGUCAACCUCUUCGUCUCGGGUCUGCACCCCAAAAUCGACGAACAGGAGUUCAAGGCCAUGUUUGACAAGUACGCGGCUAUCAGCGCGCACAUCAUGAAAGAUCCUCACACCCGAGAGUCCCGUGGUUUUGGAUUUAUUGGCUUUCCUGAUAUCGACGCCGCUACCUCCGCCAAAAGCGAAAUGCAAGGCAUCGUCGUCGAGGGCCGUUCAAUCCAAAUCGAAUUCGCAAAGCGGAAUCGGCCCCGCACCCCGACCCCCGGAAAAUACUUUGGCCAAGUCGUCCGCGGCGGCCGAGGCGACUUCCGCGGCCGCGGCGGCAGAUUCCCAUCAUCCUUCGACGACCGCGGCGGCGGCAGUUUCGGCGGCAGACCCCGCUACGACGACCGUCCCUACGCGCGCCACGACGACCGCGACUACCACCGGCAUCAUUCGCGGCACGAAGACGUCUAUCGCGAGCGUGAGCCAGUGAGAAGCGUCGUCGCCGGGCGCCCGGACUACCGUGAUCGGCUGCCGGUCGCGCCCGCGCGCUACGACGACCGCCGCGAGUAUGACGACCGCAGAUCGUAUGAUCGCCGUCCGCCGUCCGCGCCUUACUCUGAUCGCUACGACCGCGGUGCGUACCCCGACCGAGACCACGACCGCCGACGCGACUACUCCGAUCGUCCGGCUCGAGGAUACCACGCCGGCCCGUCUUACGAUAGACCACCGUACCCCGACCGCGGCGGCGCGCCCUACUCCCACGAACGAGACUAUCCCGACCGGCCUGCCUACCCUUCCCGUGGAGGCUACGCCGACCGCGCAGACUAUCCCCCUCAAAGACCGGCAUAUGAUCCCCGGGACGCGCCCCGGGAAAGUGCAUCUUACCGCGACCCAUACCCCCCCUCCUCCUCCUCCUCAUCCCGCGCCCCUCCUGCGAUCCCCACCGGGCCUGCCGGCGCGUACCCGGACUAUCCGCCCACCGGACCGCGCGCCUCUGGUCCUCGCUAUGAUAGCUACCGCGGCAGCCGCCGAUACUAACUUUUCUCUUUCUCCAUUCUUCUGUUUUAUGCUCUUGCGGAUAUGAUCAACCAUGCUCUUGCGGAUAUGAUCGACCGUCGCAAUCUCAAAUCAACACUGCUCAAAAUGUGAACAUCAAAAAAACGUUUUGUACAAUAUCUGGAUUUACACCAGCCGUCUUCUGUUUUGUUUUUUGCUCUAUAAUUUACGCACGCUCAAUUCAAUCUCAGACAGAACGAUCUCAGACAGAACGGCAAACAAAUUAGCUCGUUAUGUACAAAUUUGUUCCGACACCAUAUUGAAUCUUCUUCACACUACACAACCCACACAGCGGGCGAGGCUUACAACUUUCUUCAGUCGUUCCUUAUUCAUGUUGAUCCACAGCCAUUUACAUAACUUUUAUUAACCUUUCUCAACUACAU